AUGCAAAGGAAACUCAAUGACCUCGUCCAUUUGGGUAACCGAGUGGGCAUGCAUGUCAACAGAGAAAAGACAAAGUCAAUGCGAGUAAUGACUGCGGACCGUACUCCAUUUAAAAUCAACGGCCAAUCAAUUGAAGAUGUUGACACCUUCACCUACCUGGGAAGCAAAAUCACACCAAAUGGUGGAACUGACGAGGAUAUCGGCAACCGCAUCAACAAAGCCCGUGGAGCUUUUGCCAUGUUAAGCCCAGUGUGGAGGUCUUCCGCAUUCCGUCUCCAAACCAAGAUCCGCCUGUUCAACGCGUGCGUAAAGACCGUUCUCCUCUACGGUUGCGAAACUUGGAAGAAAACGGUUCAAACCACGAACAAGCUACAGGUUUUCGUAAACAGAUGCUUACGCAGUAUCCUAGGGAUCCGUUGGUUUGACUUUGUCUCCAACGAGGAACUUUGGCGCAGAACACAUCAAAAACCUGUAGCAGAAACCGUAAAAGAACGCAAAUGGAGAUGGAUAGGACACGUUCUAAGGCGUACUGAAGACGUCCCAAAGGAAGCGCUGACAUGGCACCCCGAGGGCGGCAAGGCAAGAGGCACCUUCGAGGCUCCCAUGACUAGCUAA